GUGCCGGCCUCCUUUUCAUUUGGGGAGAGGCGAGGAAUCCGACGGACUUUUUGUGCAGCGACGCACCUGGCGCAACCCUCUCCUCUCUGAAUAAUCUGAGUCCAAGUCCCGCGGAGGCUACAGCCAUGAAGGAGAGACGCGCCCCGCAGCCAGUCGUGGCCAGAUGUAAGCUCGUUCUGGUCGGGGAUGUGCAGUGCGGGAAGACGGCGAUGUUACAGGUGUUAGCGAAGGACUGCUAUCCCGAGACGUAUGUGCCCACCGUGUUUGAGAAUUACACGGCCUGCUUGGAGACCGAGGAACAAAGGGUGGAGCUCAGUCUCUGGGACACCUCAGGAUCUCCCUACUAUGACAAUGUCCGUCCACUCUGCUACAGUGAUUCGGAUGCAGUAUUACUAUGCUUUGAUAUCAGCCGACCGGAGACAGUGGAUAGUGCACUUAAGAAGUGGAGGACGGAAAUCCUAGAUUAUUGUCCUAGCACCCGUGUUUUGCUUAUUGGCUGUAAGACAGACCUGCGAACAGACCUGAGCACACUGAUGGAGCUGUCCCACCAGAAACAGGCACCUAUCUCCUAUGAGCAGGGCUGUGCGAUAGCCAAGCAGCUGGGUGCGGAAAUCUACCUGGAAGGCUCGGCUUUCACCUCAGAAAAGAGUAUCCACAGCAUCUUCCGGACGGCGUCCAUGGUGUGUCUGAACAAGCCCAGCCCGGUGCCCCCAAAGAGCCCUGUCCGCAGCCUCUCCAAGCGACUGCUUCACCUCCCCAGUCGUUCCGAACUCAUCUCUUCUACCUUCAAGAAGGAAAAGGCCAAAAGCUGUUCCAUUAUGUGAAGUGGGGGUUGGAGAAGGGAGGCAACCUCCCACUUCCUCCCUUGGGUGGCAGAGGCACAGGGAGAGGGAGGAUGGGACAGUUGAGGACACUGGACGUGCGUUUUUCAGACGGCCACGGGGAGGCCUUGAAAGGAGACAGGAAUGGGACGAGGAAAGAGCCAGGCCCGGCUUGAGGACCUGACACUGAGAAAGAACCAUCACACCCCAAGCCAGGCACUCGGUUGUGGUGGGGGCGGCUGCCCCAGUGUCACCCCCACGCCCCCGCCCCCACUCCAGAGGAAGGAAAGGUGUGGGGGUGUGGGGGCAUGCUGGCCUCAUGGGCUUGGGGGCCUCCAGGAGCCUCACCUUCAGCAUCAUGCCUCUUCCACACAGCGCUUCCAUGUGGGCCAGGGGUCGGGCGGGGUCCCCGAGCCCUUCCCGUCCCCUCUGAGGAAGCCGCGCAGGAGUGGAGUGGGGAAGCCAAGAGGCGGCUCCCUUGGGAGUCGAGCCCAGGUGCUUCAUGACGGGAGUCAGAAGGCCAGGAGCUGGUCAGAGCCAAUGAGAAGGAAACCUCAUCUUUGCAUAGCCCAUGCCUCAUGGAGAGCUGACAUCAUACAUUCAUAUGCUUCUCACCUAAGUCCCCAGGGUCCAAGGGAGAAGCCCCAGACCCCCUUCUCUCGCAGUGUGGGGGUGGUGGUGCUGCCGGGGGCAGGGCUGGGUGGGGGGGGGUCACCAGACUUUUUCUGCCCUCAGGGCACGACAGCUGGCAUUUGUUUUAUAGACUCUUGUCUUUGGAACCGGGGGGAGGGGGGAGUGUUUCAAUCUGUUCUACGUUCUGUGUUUAAAGAAGAAAAACCUAUUUAUUAAUGAAAAAUACAACACAUACAAAGAAGUUGG